CAAAGAAGUACUCUACACUAAAAAGCAUUAAGCCGAGUGAGAAAUGUUUUGGGGCAACAAAGGCCAUAGAGAGUACUAAGAAGAGCCGGAAAAAGUGGGGAUGUUUCGUCCCUUAGUGCUUUCAACUUACUUAUAAAUUGACCCGUCGCCUCUCCCCUUUUCUUUGUAAAACUCGUAAAACUCUCCUCUCACAGUAUAGUGCGCGUUUUUCUUCUCUCUUCAUUCCAUUCGCUCAAACACCAAAAAUACUCUGUUUCUUCUUUCCUCUGUUUUUGGCUCCCCACGUACUUUGUCUUUGGUCUAGAAGAACUUCCAAGUAUUUUCCAGGUAAAUAUUUCACAUUUUAACCCCAACCCAGAAUACUAUAAUACGAAGUAGUCAUCAUCAUCAUUAGUCACAAUUCCUUUUUUUUUUUUCAUUAUAUAAUUUGGACGCGGUCCAUUUUUACAAUAUUCAUGCAGGGUUGAUUUUCUUCUCUAUAUAUUAUAUAUAUUGGGGGAAUGAUGAACCAAAAUGUGGUGAUUUCUGAUACUAAAUCAGGAUUUAGCAUGGAAAUCGUGGUGUCCAUACGUGAUCCUCUUUUCCCACAAGCCGUGGUGCCUAUGCAAUUGGCUGCCGGAGGCCAGCCCAUCGUCUGGACUGCCCAGUCCCUGAAGAUGAUUGAAACCGCCGCCGCCGCAGCCGGCGGCGGAGGAGGAGGUGGAGGCAGAAUCAGUGCUUGGGUUGAUUCAAUGAGAGCUUCUUCACCGACAAGAAGACCGCCUCAUGAGAACAAUGAAGAAAAUAACAAGUCUUGGAUUGUACGUGCUUUUGAAACCCCUGUUCAAUCAAAUCAGAGAACUUCAAAUUUCAUUUCCCAACUUAUUGGGAUGUGGACUAAUUUAUCUUUCUAAUUGUACUAAUUGAUGAACAGAUUCGUCACCCUUCGGCUUUGAGUAUGUUUGAUGAAAUCGUAAUGGGUUCAAAGGGAAAACAAAUUGUGAUGUUUCUGGAUUAUGAUGGUACGCUUUCUCCCAUUGUUGAUGAUCCUGACAGAGCUUUCAUUUCUCCUGAGAUGAGAGAAGCUGUUAGAGAUGUGGCUCAUUAUUUCCCAACAGCCAUAGUCACAGGAAGAUGCAGAGCAAAAGUUUACAGUUUCGUAAAACUAGCAGAACUCUAUUAUGCUGGAAGCCAUGGAAUGGACAUUAAAGGACCAACAAAAGGGCAUCAAUACAAAAAGAGCAAUCAAACAGUACUCUGCCAGCCUGCUAGAGAAUUUUUACCAAUGAUUGAUGAGGUAUACAAAUCUCUGGUGACAAAAACCAAAUCCAUCCCUGGUGCUAAGGUGGAAAAUAACAAAUUUUGCUUGUCUGUUCACUUUCGAUGCGUGGACGAAAAGAGGUGGCCUGAAUUGGCAGAAGUAGUAAAGACCGUGCUGAAUGAUUAUCCCAAGCUCAAAAUGAGUCCAGGGAGAAAGGUUUUGGAGAUUCGUCCAAUCAUCAAAUGGGAUAAAGGGAAUGCAUUGGAAUUUUUGUUGGAAUCAUUAGGUUAUGCAAACUCGAAGGAUGUUAUGCCUGUGUAUAUUGGAGAUGAUAGAACAGAUGAAGACGCAUUUAAGGUAUUGCGUAAAAGAGGACAAGGUUUUGGAAUAUUGGUGUCUAAAGUUCCAAAAGAAACCAAUGCUUCAUAUACUUUGCAAGAGCCAUCUGAGGUUAUGUGCUUUCUGAAACGUUUGGUAGAGUGGAAAAAAUCAUCCUUGCAAAGAUUUUGAUUAACUUCUACAAUUGAGUAGUACGUAUUGAGGCAAAGUCAACCACCAAUUCAAGAGGAAAAAGAAAGAGGGAUUAAUUUAUCCUCAAUCCUCUCUAAAUGUUUUAGAGAAUUUGGGCAAUCCCAUUAAUUAUGUAUUUUUGUUCAUAGUUUUGUAGUUAUGAUCGAUUGAAGAGAAUUAGAUUUUUUUUUU